UCAACAAUACAAUCUUUUCCCUCCUGUGGCUUUGGAUCUAACAGACCCGAAGCGCUCCCUGCUUCAAUCUUCAUCAAGAUGUUCUCCUUAGUCUUCAAGGAUAUUCAAACCCUCUUGGAAUGCUGAAAGAUGAAUGUUCUUGCUGAGGAUUACAGCUUUAUUUUCCCUCAAAUGGUUGGGUAUGAAACUGCAAGAACAUUGAGUUGUCUGUGUUGAUGAUUUGAACAAGAGGGGAUACGAAACUGCUGUGUUGCAGUUUCGUGUUUGUCGAAAAUGGAUACCAAGGAGAACAUAUUGAUGAAGAAAUAUGAAGUGGGGAGGAUGUUAGGCCAAGGUUCUUUUGCAAAAGUUUACUAUGGCAGGAAUCUUGUAACAGGACAGGGUGUGGCGCUUAAGUGUAUUAAUAAACAAAAAGUAAUGAAAAUCGGGCUCGUGAAGCAGAUCAAACGCGAGAUAUCUGUCAUGAAUCGUGUCAGACACCCGAACAUCAUGCAUCUCGAGGAAGUGAUGGCCACCAAGACCAAGAUAUACUUUGUGAUGGAGUAUGCCAAAGGGGGCGAGCUUUUCAAGAAGGUCGCCAAAUGCAGACUCAAGGAAGAAACCGCGAGAAAAUACUUCCAGCAGUUGAUGGGUGCUGUUGUCUUUUGCCACAGCAGAGGCGUCUAUCACCGUGAUUUGAAGCCAGAGAAUCUGCUUCUGGACGACGAAGGGAACUUGAAGGUGUCGGAUUUUGGUCUAAGCGCGGUCGCAGAGUCCAAACGACAAGAUGGCUUGCUUCACACAACGUGUGGGACUCCUGCCUAUGUUGCUCCUGAGGUUAUAACGAGGAAAGGGUACGAUGGGGCCAAAUCCGACAUCUGGUCGUGCGGGGUGAUACUGUUCGUGAUGCUCGCUGGCCAUCUUCCAUUCUACUGCAAGAAUCUCAUGGAUAUGUAUCGCAAGAUAGCCAAGGGUAGUUACAAAUGUCCUCAUUGGUUCUCUCCUCAAGUGAGGAGGCUCUUGUCUAAGAUUCUUGAUCCCAACCCCGAAACGAGGAUCUCAGCUGCAGAAAUCAUGGAGCAUCCGUGGUUCAAGGCAGGGUUAUGCGUGGAAAAGCCGGCUACUACUGUAGAAACGGGCGUUGUUGCAAGGCCUUUAGGGCUUGAUGAUGCUACGGAGCUUGCAAGACCGGAUAAUCUGAAUGCGUUUGACAUCAUAUCUCUCUCAAGUGGAUUUGACCUGUCCGGUUUGUUUGUGAGCCGCGACCAGAAGGAUGAUGUCCGGUUCACAUCAACAAGGUCAGCUUCUUGCAUCGUGUCGAAGCUUGAGGAUGUGGCACGGGAGUCGGGGUUCAAACUGAUGAAGAAGGAGCGCGGGUCGUUCAAGCUCGACGGGUCUAGUGAAGGUACCAAGAGAGAGGGCUUGUCCAUUGAUGUGGAGAUAUAUGGAAUUGGCCCUUCAUACCAUUUGGUGGAGAUGAAGAAAUCUAGUGGUGAUUUGAUGGAAUUCCAACAUUUGCUAAGACAAACUUCAUUUGGGGAUAUAGUUUGUUCUUGGCUAGGAGACCAACAACAUCACUAGUGUAUAUCUAUACCCUCCAACACAAUAUUGAAUUCAAGAUUUUUGUUUUGAAAAUU